UUAUGUUUUUUGGUCUGUUUCGGCUUAUAUCUAGACGCUGCACGUAUCGCGAACAAAAAAUGUCUUCAGUUCCCAGUUUCAGAGACUUCAUCUGCAACAGGCUGACCGCCGCAGCAGAGGAAAUAUUCCGGGUGUUUGAGAAAACCGUGCUGGAGUACGAGGAGGAGCUCAGCCGCCAGCGGAGACUGCUGGACACGGUCUCCAAACCUCAGACACACGAGUUGCCACAGCAACAUGCUGUCAAACAGGAGCAGGAGGAGGGUCUCAUCCAGCACCAGCUCUCCUUCAGCAGAUCAAGCUUGUGCCAAGAGGACCGUGAACCUUCUUGCAUCAAAGAGGAACCGGAGGAUCUCUGCACCAGUCAGCAUGAAGAGCCUCUCGUGCUGAAACAGGAAACCAACAUCAUUCUGGAGACUGCGGCUUGUGAAAAAGAUGGCCUGAGUGAAAACAGGACUCUAUAUCUGGAUCAGAGCGAAUCGCAUUGUAGCACAGCAGAGGAAGCAUCUUCUGGUAACAUGAUCAUUAAAAUGUCUGAGGUCUUAGACCCAAACAAUAAAAACCUGCUCAUUUUUAACAGAGAUUCAUCUGAGAGCCGCGACAACACACAGUACCAGUUUGAGGUAUCAAAGACUUUCUCAAGUUCUCGCCAUCAAAGAAAAAAGUCUUCUAAAUGUGAAAUUUGUGGGAAAAUCUUUAAUCAUCGAUCAGAUUUCAUCCGACACCAGAGAAUCCACACGGGAGUGAAACCGUACUCGUGCAACAUGUGUGGUAAAGGAUUCAACCAGUCAUCGAUGCUGACUGAUCACAAGAGGGUCCACACAGGUGACAAGCCGUACCCCUGUGACUUCUGUGGGAAAAAAUUCAAUCGAAAGUCAGCCGUCAUGGUUCAUCGUAGAGUCCACACGGGCGAGAAGCCUUUCUCUUGUCAUGUCUGUGCCGAAGUUUUUAUAAGCAGUACAAUGCUGAAAAGACACAUACAGAAGCACACAGGUGAGAAACUGUUUCCUUGCCUCAUCUGUGGACAGCAGUUUCAUCAGCAGUCAGAAUUGAAAAUUCACACCAGGGUUCACAUGCAGUGAUUUAUUCUUUCCUGUAUGUUAUUCGAUUGGCGUCUACCCUGGAAAUUAUCUCUCUGUCUUGCAGAGUCUUUCUGCAGUGCUGCUUGGUGAUAUGAAGGCUGUAUUGCAGUGUAGACCAGAUGGCUGGGUGAAGAUGGCUUACAUCCUUCACAGAUCACUAGUGUAUAACCAAUAAGAAGGUAUGCUUGUACCUUUUGGCUUGAUGAUGUUUUGGAAAACCCUUAAUAGUUUUCAAAAAUAGAUAAUACAAAAAGGAACAAAAUUUACCUGUAUGUGUCUACUAAAAUAAAAUGGCUUUGGCACCCCUGCUUUGACCAGUGGAUCAAAGACUGUAUGUACGAUUUGACUUUCAAAAAAAAAUGACACUACUCAGGACUUUGAUGUUACUUGUCAACUUUUUUCAACUUAUUUUUAAAAAAAACAUGGACUCUGUUGAUAUUGUGAUCCUGUGAUAAUGACCCAAUAUUACUGCCUUCAUUUUUAUAUUUGCAACUCCGUUGUCUUUUUAUUGUUUUUUUUGAAAGCUUAUUGUACUUCCCGUCUUAUUUUCUUUUCUCUUUUGCAAGUAUGUUUUUUAAAUAUAAAUAUAUAAAUAUAUAUCUGAAUGUUUGAAUGGUUCAGUAACACUGUAGCAAGUAUGGGGCACUGUUGAAGCAAAUUAUGAAAUAUUACAUUGUAUUUAGAUUUUUAUCUUAUGUCUGCAAGCUUUCGUUUAGUAUGUUUUUCAAUAAUUAAUAAAGA